AAGCAUGGUUAAAAAAAGGGUGAAACUGGGGAAGAUUUCAGACAGAGCAACGUUGAUCUGGGAUGCUUAACUCUUGCCUUGUUCCUGCUCUGGUUUUUUUGGGGGGUGGUGCCAAAAUACUGUUUGCUUACGCUUGAAAAUUACCUGUAGAUGGCACCCACUUCUGAGGUCAUCUAAAGUUCUUAAUCUGGCAUGGCUUCAAGAGGGUGAAGAUGGUGUAAACAAGACGAGAUUUCCAUCAAAGGGCAAGGAGUUUUCGCCCUGACCUCAACGAAUCCAUAGUGAGGAAAGGAAAUUAAAGGCUGGUGUUACACCAGAAGCUGCUUUGGCAGAGAGCCUCCUCAUAUUUUACCCUCGCGCCAUGCGAGGCAUCCAAAUGAUGAAGUCCCUCCACGAAAGCUUAUGAAUGGGUGGCUCUUGGCUCCUCCGCACUGUUUACAUUUCCCAUUAAUUAUGCCUUUCGAAGCAAAUGAGCGGGUUUUGUUGCCGCUGUCUAUGCCAAAGCCCCGAAAGUGGGCACGAUACUCAGUAGUUCGGAGAAAAGCUUGGGGUGUGUGGCAUUCAGAAGUGUGCGGACGGACAGGGACAACGACUUCCAAGUCUUGGAGUCCAUCAACACUGUCAAGUUAAUAUGACUUUAUGGGAGUUAUCAUUUCGCAGAAAAUAAACUACUCAAGAAACUACAACUCCCAGGAUUCCAUAGCAGUGAACCACAGGAGUCAAACUGAAUUAAUUCAACAAUGUAGACACCACUUGUGGCUUUUUAGUAGAGUGGGAAGAGGAGUUCCUGGCAACUCUCCUUCCACGGAAACAGAAUUGCUUGGUUAUUUCAUUUACUGUAAUAGAGGGGCUGGAACAGAUAUGGGUAUGGGAGGCAGUGGGCAAUGUCAUGGAGAUAGUCAGGAACACUGGGGUGUCUGUGGUGGAGGAAAAAGAGAAAAUCUAGGUUGAAAUCGUCCCCGUAGGAAAUCCUUCUCUUGGGUAGUGGGCAGUGUGGUGUUUGUGGACUGGAUGGCCCAUGAGGUCUCUUCCAACUCUACUUUCUAUGAUUCUAUGUGGAGGACGUUGGCAGGGCUCUUGGACAUGUUCAUGGAAAGUAGGAAACACUGGGAUGUCUGUGGUGGAGGAAAAACAGAAAAUCUAGAAUGGAAUUGUCCCUGUAUGAAAGCCUUGACUUGGAUGGUGAGCAGUAUGGUGUAUGUGGAGGACAUUGGUAGACCUCUUGGAGAUGCUCAUGGUGCUCGAUCUAACACUGGGGUGUCUGUGGUGGAGGAAAACAGAAAAUCUACCAUGAAAUUGUCCCUGUAUGAAGGCCUUGACUUGGCUGGUGUGCAGUAUGGUGUAUGUGGAGGACAUUGGUAGACUUCUUGGACAUGUUCAUGGAAGGUAGGAAACACUGGGAUGUCUGUGGUGGAGGAAAAACAGUAAAUCUAGGAUGAAAUUGUCCCCGUAUGAAGGCCUUGACUUGGGUGGUGAGAAGUAUGGUGUAUGUGGAGGAAAUUGGUAGACCUCUUGGACAUGUUCAUGGAAGGUAGGAAACACUGGGAUGUCUGUGGUGGAUGAAAAACAGAAAAUCUAGGAUGAAACCAUCCCCGUAGGAAAUCCUUUGCUUGGAUAGUGGGCAGUGUGGUGUUUGUGGAGGACAUUGUUAGACCUCUUGGACAUGUUCAGGGUUCUCGCUAUAACACUGGGGUGUCUGUGGUGGAGGAAAAACAGAAAAUCUAUGCAUCUCCAGGUGUUUUGAUCUAGAAUUUCCAGAAAUCCCACCAAUUUACCAGCCGUUAGGAUUUCUGGGAGCUGAAGGCCAAAACAUCUGGAAUCGACUCAAUUUUGGUGCCCAUCCGAUCGUGCCGUGAGACUUUCAUUUCUCAAAAUAUAAGACAACGUAAGUCCUUUGAGCUCAGUAGAAAAGACCGAGGAGCAGGCUUAAGAAACGAGUCUUUUUCCCGCUCACGGCUGGAUCUUAAAGCUCUUCUUAAUUCGAGGGGGGAUCAGCUUGGGGUGGGAUAGUGUCAGGUUCCAAGAUAAUGAUGUGUCUGUGUGUGAAAAUAUUAAAUUGCAAGAGUGUGCAGCAGGAGGACAUUUCUGAACAGGAGCAUUAACAGCUUGGGCUCCCCAUCCCGCCACUGAGUGACAGAAUCCAAAUGGCGUUGGCGAACGGGAGGUUCGUGUCCGAGAAUCCGGUUUUGCAUUCCCGCUCCCUUUGCGUUUUCCGUCCAUCAAAUUGUUGCGCUGUUUCACUCGCAUAGUUCUGACGAGAUAUUAAAACUUUUAGGUAUUUUUAAUUACAAAAAUGUGAGUUAAGUAACAUACAUGCAUCCACCUCCACUGAGGUCUGAUGGAAAAGAAGGUGUAUAAUUAUUAAUCAAUAGUCAAUAAUAAUAACAAUAACAAUAAUAAUAAUAAUAAUAAUAAUAAUAAUAAUGUUUAUUUAUAUCCCACCUCCAUCUCCCCCUUUAGGUAUAGUUGAUCUCAUUGAAGUCCAUAAACAUACUUCUAUAUUGAAGUCCAAACAGCAAUAUACAUGCAUCCAUCUCCACUGAGGUCUGAUGCAAAAGAAGGCAUAUCAUUCUUAAUCAAUAGUCCAUAGUCUUUAGGUAUAGUAGUACUCAUUGAAGUCCAUAAGCAUACUUCUAUGUUGAAGUCCAAACAGCAACAUACAUGCACCCACCUCCACUGAGGUCUGAUGCAAAAGAAGGGAUAUCAUCCUUAAUCAAUAGUCCAUAGUCUUUAGAUAUAGUAGUACUCAUUGAAGUUCACAAACAUACUUCUAUGUUGAAGUCCAAACAGCAACAUACAUGCAUCCACCUCCACUGAGGUCUGAUGCAAAAGAAGGCGUAUCAUUCUUAAUCAAUAGUCCAUAGUUUUUAGGUAUAGUACUACUCAUUGAAGUCCAUAAACAUAUUUCUGUAGUUGUACUCAUGUAAUAAGCAUACUUCUAUGUUGAAGUCCAAACGGCAACAUGCAUGUAUCCGCCUCCACUGAGGUCUGAUGCAAAAGAAGGGGUGAAGACAAAAAUGGAGUCCUGUGUCUGAACAUGCUCAGUACAAGCACAUAUGUAUAGUCUCUCCCACACCAAAGAGGUACAGUCAAACUGGCAAAUCAACAUGCACAUUUCUUUAUGCACAGAAUACAGGUUAGCAAAUACGAGGGUUAUCCAGAAAGUAGAUUGAGGACGCAAGCGGCAGAGUUUUGUGGGGAAGGAGUUGGCAAGCUCAUUCAUGGCGAUGAUGCGCAGCUGCGGUAAGGGGUGACUGGCUGGUUGAGGAUGCAAGCGGCAGAGUUUGGUGGGGAAGGAGUUGCCAAGCUCAUUUAUGGCGACGAUGUGCAGCUGCGGGAAGGGGUGACCGGCUGGUUGACACAAGCAGCAGAGUUUGGUGGGGGAGGAGUUGCCAAGCUCAUUUAUGGCGACGAUGCGCAGCUGCGGGGAGGGGUGACUGACUGGUUGAGGACGCAAGCGGCAGAGUUUGGUGAGGAAGGAGUUGCCAAGCUCAUUCAUGGCGACGAUGCACAGCUGCGGGAGGGGUGACUGACUGGUUGAGGACGCAAGCGGCAGAGUUUGGUGAGGAAGGAGUUGCCAAGCUCAUUCAUGGCGACGAUGCACAGCUGCGGGAGGGGUGACUAGCUGGUUGAGGAUGCAAGCGGCAGAGUUUGGUGGGGAAGGAGUUGCCAAGCUCAUUCAUGGCGACGAUGCGCAGCUACGGGAAGGGGUGACUGGCUGGUUGAGGACGCAAGCGGCAGAGUUUUGUGGGGAAGGAGUUGCCAAGCUCAUUCAAGUGCCUCGAUUUGAAUGGCGACUAUGUUGAGAAGUGGUAUUUUGGUGUGGCUUUCAACUGCAUAUGGUCAAUGUUUUCUCCUAUACUUUUUGAGGGUGCAAGUGGCAGAGUUUUGUGGGGAAGGAGUUGCCAAUCUCAUUCUUCACUAUGAUAAGUGCCUAGAUUUGAAUGGUGACUAUGUUGAGAAGUGGUAUUUGGGUGUGGUUUUCUCCUAUACUAUGAUCAAUGUUUUCUCCUAUACUUUGUUCAUUUUUAAUUCCAAAACGUAAUCUACUUUCUGGAUAGCCCUUGUAUAUACAUUAAAUCAAUAGUCAAAGUCUUGGAAGGGUGCUAUUUCCAACGUGUCAUGUCUCCUCUCCGCCUUCAUGAUGCGAAGCAGAAUUCUGUUCAGGUGGAGAUGGUUGUUUCUGAUCGUGAGCCCAUCUCUAACAACUGGUGCGUGCAGCCGACCAAAGCUCCAAAAUCUUGUGUUUCACGGAGCUGCCUUUCUCCCCGCCUUCCUAGGUGUCAAUCUUUCGCCCACUUCACAAAGUUGGAAGGCCAUUGUUGGCGAUGGAAUAUCAUCUCCGAAUACUGGGGUACGCUCGGUAUUUAAGGGCAGCCCGGCUGCACCAACGAGGCCGUCUCUUUUGGCAGCCGUGAUAAGGGAUCAUUCUUCCCUCCUCGCCGAAAGCUCCCUCUUUACCAGGAGUUUUAAAUUGCCUCUCUCCCCCCUGAUCCUGACAGACUAACCUCGUUCAAAGGGAGACGGGAAAAGGGUGGAAGGGAGCCGGGAGUAUUAGCAAUCCAUUACCACAGGCCUGAAUUCUGCCGGGGUCCCCGGGGACGUGCCCUUCUCUGGCCUACCAAACAGAGUAUUACAUUGUGAGAAAGCGGGGAAAGGACGCGAGGAGAAAGACAUCCAGCUUGGUUUUCCUCUUCCCGCAGCUCCCACCCUGCAACAAAGAAUCCUCAAUACAUUGAUUCAACCAAAAAUGGAAUUGCGUUUCCUUCUCCUCCUCCUCCUCCUCCUCUUCUUCUUCUUCUUCUUCUUCCUCUUCCUCUUCCUCUUCUUCUUCUUCUUCUACUUCUUCUACUACUUCUUUUUCAUCUUUCUCUUCUUCUUCUUCUUCUACUACUACUUCUUCUACUUCUUCUUCUUCUUCUUCUUCUUCUUCUUCUACUUCUUCUACUUCUUCUUCCUCCUCUUCUCCUUCCUCUUCUUCUUCUUCUUCCUCUUCUUCUUCUUCUUCUUCUUCCUCUUCUUCUACUUCUUCUUCUUCUUCUUCUUCUUCUUCCUCUUCUUCUUCUACUACUACUUCUACUUCCUCUUCCUCCUCUUCUUCUUCUUCUUCUUCUUCUUCUUCUUCUUCUUCUACUUCUUCUACUACUUCUUCUACUUCUUAUUCUUCUUCUACUACUUCUUCUACUUCUUAUUCUACUACUACUACUACUACUUCUACUUCUAUUUCUUCUUCUUUCGGCUCUUCUGCUUUUGCAUGAAGAAAUGCCCGGGCCUACAGGUGCAGACUUUGGGCUGUGCCUAGCCGGGCCUCACAGGGCCUACAGCUGAUUGCCGAGAAAGGAGAGAAGCUUACCCAGCAAUCAGCUGCAGGCCCUGGUAGGCCUGGGUACAUAGGCCCAAAGCCUGCACCUAUAGGCCCGGGCACCUGAGCCUACAGGUGCAGACUUUGGGCUAUGCCUAGCCGGGCCUCGCAGGACCUACAGCCGAACACCGAGUAAGGAUCACUCCUUACUUGGCAAUCAGCUGUAGGCCCUGUAAGGCCUGAGUACGUAGGCCCAAAGCCUGCACCCAUAGACCCGGAAGCUUUGGCCUAUACACCCGACCUGAUAGAUCCGAAAGGCAGGCUUGGAGCCAAUACCGACUCCCGUCUGCCUUUCGUUUUGAGACAAUUUUUGUUUCGUUUCGGGUCUUUCCAUUUCGUGCCAUCCAAAUGGAGGAUAUGAAACGGAAACACGAAUGAAACAAAUAGGGCAAAUCCCGCACACAUCUCUAUGAGCUAGUGUUCAGUGGAUUGGGAAGUGGUUAACUGGUCAGAUAAUGGAACACAAGGCAUGCUUGCUUAUCACAUUUGGAGACCAGUUCCCAAAGAGAAGAUUUUCGAGAAAUCUGCAAAAACAAGACUUUCGUUGCUGUUGAGAGUGCAAAUCUUUUUAGCUCGUCAUUCUCGUCGUCCGAAAACAUGGGACUCUGGCUCGUUUAUCUGAAGCAUGUCUUUUCGGAGGUUUGCUCGCACACCUGCUGUGCGAGCCUCCCGUUUGAUUAAGAGCUGUCUCCUCGCCUUAAUUUCUCAAUUCCAAGUGUUUGCGUGAAACACGCAAUUAAUUAGAGCCGAGAACGGCAACUUGUUUAUCUCCGGGACUGAUGUGAAAAACGAGAGUCCCCUUGAAAUUAUCCAGUAGUGAAGCAAUUAAGUAAUGGAAUUCUGCAGGAUAAACAUGGCAUAAUUCGGCUAUAAAAAUGAUAUCUAAGUAUGUUAAUGAGUUGCAAAACCUCGCGAAAUAUCCCGUGUCAGCUGUGCUCGAGCUGGAGAAAAAUCGCUGUUUAGUUGUAUGGAAAAAACCAUCUGGAUCUGGGGCUUUUUCUUGCCUGCUUUCGACAAUCACAGCUGGUUGAUUCAAGCGAUUCAUGAAAAACCUUAACGUCUUCCAGUCCUACAAUGAUUUGUUGUGGUUUAGUUGGGCACCAGCGUUUUUUAGCAAGUGAUUGUAUAUAGAGUUGUUUAAAUGUAAUUGAGUUAUAGUGUUGCAAUGUGAGCUGUAGAUUGCAUCAUGCUCUGUCUGCUGUCCACUAUGCUAGUGUGUAAAGAGUUAACUGUGUAUUGCAUCAGACAGCAGAGGUGGUUAUAAAUAGCUCUGCUCUCUGCUCUCUGCUCUCUGCACUCUGCCUGUAUAUAUUGUCUUGAGAGUUUUCCGUUUGUUAGUAAACGUUUUGUAGAUAGCCAAACAGGCUUCAGCCUAUUUAUUGGUGCCAGUGAUUCUUCGCUGAUCUUCCGCUGCAUGUGUGUUUAUCCAAACCGCGCACUCUGACAGUAUCAAACUGCGUUAAAUCGACAGUGUAGCUGCACCCAAUAUCUUAUCCAUGAUUGUGGGAAAAUACCGAAGUGUUGCAGCUCCCAAAAGAAAGCGUUUCGGGACUCCAAAUCUUAGUUAGUUUUGUAUUGAUGCCCUGGGCUACUGUUUCUGUUUAACAUGGUCCUUUUCCCUUGCUUUGCUGACCCGGAGUUUCUAACGGGAACAUUUUACAGGCCCUUAAACGAGAACCAAAAGCACCAGGCUCUCGCCAUAAAAACCGGAGUUUAUAAUAUCCUGAGUUAAAGAAUUGAUCCUUGCCACCAGCCCUUGGCUGACAGGGCUAAUUGAGUCUUGCUUUUUUUGUUGCUGUUUUUAAAUAUUUAUAAGCAAAGUUUUAAAAAGUUUGGAUGGAGCGGUGAAAGUCAGCACAGCGCUGAUACGGCCCAAUCAAUAAUAUCCGAGCCACGAAGCUUAACUGCAUUAUUAUUUAUUUUAUUUAUUAACGACAUUUAUAUCCCGCCCUUCUCACCCCAAAGGGGACUCAGGGCGGUUUACAAGUUAUAUGUUACAUACAAUAUAUUCUAUUAUUAUCAUAGCACAAUAUAAGCAUUAUAUUACUAGCUUUGCCCGGCCACGUGUUGCUGUGGCUUUUCAGAAUCAUUUGUUGGUCAGGUGGAAUAGUAGUGAAUAGCCUUGCAACCUCAAAUCCUUGGCAGUGGUGGUGGGAAAAGGGGAGCGCGAGAGAGGCGCCUGAGCAAUGGUUGAGGGGGGUGGGGUGUUGGGUGCGCGCCGGUUCGUGUUCGGUGCAAGCGCAGAUCAUUUUUCCCUUUUGUUUUGUUUUGUUUUUUUUGGCUCCCUGUUCAGUUCCAGAUGUUGGGUUUUGUUGUAGGAACCUAGCGGCAAGGUGGUUGGGUUCUGUUGCCAAGUUUCGUGUUUCUGUGGCUUUUAGUUUUGUUGUUUACUCCUAGGCCGAAAUCCCAUUACCUUUUUAUAUAUAUAGGUAGAUAUUGUACUAUAUCACUAUAUUGCAGUAUUAUUAAUAAUAUUACAUGUAAUAUAAAUAUGCAAUUAUAAUAGUGUAUUAUUAUAUUGUAUUACAUUAUAAUAUUAUUAUCAAUACUAUAUUAUAUUAUUACUAUAGCAUGAUAUGAGUAUUAUAUAUUAUUAUAUUGUUAUAUUGACACAGGAGACAUGGUGCCCCCCCUUCUUCACUCAGUGGGUGGGUGGGCUCCAAUCUGAUGACAUUAUAUGCGUCUACUUUACCUUUCGAGGUAAACCUUUACUCGUUUCGUGUCCCAGCUUUCGGUGGGGACCCCGAUCCGUUUUUUUGGAAACCUCUCAAAAUCGGGAGGGCAGCUAUCUGUUUUCUGUUUCUGUUUUCUAUCAGUCCAUUAUGGGGAGGGCUUCCCAGGUUCCCCUUCUCAUCAUUUUAGGCAUUGAAGCUGUUUUACUCUAGAGGAGAGGUGCUCAGCUGCAGGCAGGUGAGUGCUUUAAGGAGGCAUCUUAUCUGUUUAUACUCUAGAGCAGAGACAUUCGGCUGCAGGCAAGAGAGAGCUUUAAGGAGGCGUCUUACCUGUUUAUACUCUAGAGCAGAGGCGUUUAGCUGCAGGCAGGCGAGCGCUUUAAGGAGGUGCCUUACCUGUUUAUACUCUUGAUGAGAGGUGCUCAGCUGCAGGCAGGUGAGUGCUUUAAGGAGGCGUCUUACCUGUUUAUACUCUAGAGGAGAGGCACUCAACUGCAGGCAGGAAAGCACUUUAAGUAGGCAUUUUACCUGUUUAGAAGAGAGGCGCUCAGCUGCAGGCAGGUGAGCGCUUUAAGGAGGCAUGUUAUCAGUUUAUACUCUAGAGGAGAGGCGCUCAGCUGCAGGCAGGCAAGCACCUUAAGUAGGCAUCUUACCUGUUUAGAAGAGAGGCACUCAGCUGCAGGCAGGUGAGCACUUUAAGGAGGCAUCUUACCUGUUUAUACUCUAAAGAAGAGGCGCUCAUCUGCAGGCAGGUGAGCGCUUUAAGGAGGCGUUUUACCUGUUUAUACUCUAAAGGAGAGGUGCUCAGCUGCAGGCAAGAGAGAGCUUUAAAGAGGCGUCUUAUCUGUUUAUACUCUAGAGGAGAGGCACUCAGCUGCAGGCAGAUGAGCGCUUUAAGGAGGCAUCUUACCUGUUUAUACUUUAGAAGAAAGGCGCUCAACUGCAGGCAGGUGAGCGCUUUAAGGAGGCGUUUUACCGGUUUAUACUCUAAAGAAGAGGCGCUCAUCUGCAGGCAGGUGAGCUCUUUAAGGAGGCGUUUUACCUGUUUAUACUCUAAAAAAGAGGCGCUCAUCUGCAGGCAGGUGAGCUCUUUAAGGAGUCAUCUUACCUGUUUAUACUCUAAAGAAGAGGCGCUCAUCUGCAGGCAGGUGAGCGCUUUAAGGAGGCGUUUUCCUGUUUAUACUCUAAAGGAGAGGCGUUUGGCUGCAGGCAAGAGAGAGCUUUAAAGAGGCAUCUUAUCUGUUUAUACUCUAGAGAAGAGGCGCUCAGCUGCAGGCAGGCAAGCACUUUAAGUAGGCAUCUUACCUGUUUAUACUUUAGAAGAGAGGUGCUCAGCUGCAGGCAAAAGAAAGCUUUAAGGAGGUUGUUUUACCUGUUUCUACUUUAGAGGAGAGGCGCUCAGCUGCAGGCAAGAGAGAGCUUUCUGGGUCUGUAUGCCACACACAGAAUUGGGCCAAACUUCCCACACAGAAUCCCCACAACCAACAAAAAACACUAGUCUUUGGCGACCCCUCUGAACCCCCCAAAACUCCGAUUUAGAAAGCUUAUUCAGAGAAAUCAGGCCAUUCAGAGGAGCAAUAUGGCAAAUAACGGCAUCUAAUUGCGAGCUGAUUAAACAAAAAAAAAUCUAAUAAUCCUCUGCUCCCCCCGCCCAAAAAUGCCAAUAAUGUUUUUAAAAGUAUGCCAUUAAGGGCACGAAAGAAACCCAUACAUUUGGGGUCAUUAAAAGCGCGUUGUUAAAACCAAAGUUUCCACAUUAAAAAAAAAAAAGGCCACAUCUGGAAACGGACCGAAGGCCGGCUCUCUGUGACUUCAUCGGCGUUGGUCUAUAGUUCGUUUAUGCUCCGGGACCCCGAGCUUCUGGAAGCGUACCUCGCAAAAUUUCCUUUUUACAACGCCUCCCGCGGUCCGACCACAACCCCUCGCAGCUCUGCCCCGAGGCUUUCAUGCGCCGAGCUCCAUAUGCCGUCUGGUACUUGAGCCAUAAUAUGCCUUUUAAUAUGUUGAAACAGAAAACAGCUUGGAAUAUUAACUUAGCUUGACUUUUACCGCCGGCCGGGGGUAACGAUGAAAAGGCCGACAAGCUGUCAGGGCGAGCAAUUAAGGGAACGGCGUGUGUUUCGAUGGCGAGCGCAACGGUUUCGAAGUCGUCUGGACGAGCCUUUUGGUUCGGGUCUUGCUUUCGUUUUUGGGACAUUAAAAAAAGUAGCUCAUCCCCCCGAAAAUAUAAUAUUCAUUCGUUCCUCGAUUACUCCAGAGAUACGCAUUAGAGUUGUGCAUUCGUGUCGAAUCGCUUUUCGUGUUGGAAAACAUGUUGUCAAAGCUUUCAUGGCCGGGAUCACAGGGUUGUUGUAUGUCUUUCGGGCUGUAUGGCUAUGUUCCAGAAGCAUUCUCUCCUGACUUUUCGCCCACAUCUAUGGCAGGCAUCCUCAGAGGUUGUGAGGAAUAUACGUCCAUGUUCCAGAAGCAUUCUCUCCUGACGUUUCGCCCACAUCUAUGGCAGGCAUCCUCAGAGGUUGUGAGGAAUAUAUGUCCAUGUUCCAGAAGCAUUCUCUCCUGACGUUUCGCCCACAUCUAUGGCAGGCAUCCUCAGAGGUUGUGAGGAAUAUAUCUCCAUGUGCCAGAAGCAUUCUCUCCUGACGUUUCGCCCACAUCUAUGGCAGGCAUCCUCAGAGGUUGUGAGGAAUAUAUCUCCAUGUUCCAGAAGUAUUCUCUCCUGACGUUCCGCCCACAUCUAUGGCAGGCAUCCUCAGAGGUUGUGAGGAAUAUAUCUCCAUGUGCCAGAAGCAUUCUCUCCUGACGUUUCGCCCACAUCUAUGGCAGGCAUCCUCAGAGGUUGUGAAGUCUGUUGGAAACUUCCAACCCUGAUAGAUAUGGACCAAACGUGGCUCGCGUAGUUAUCAUGACCAAUUUAAAAUACUGGCAAGUUUGGCAGGAGUUGAGAGAAGAUGAUGGGAGUUGUAGUCCAGCCACAUCAUGAUGGAUUUGGAUCAAAUUUGGCACAAAUACCAACCUUAAAAUACUUGUUUGGGGGAUUUUGGGGGGAGGGAGAUGACAGAGGAUAAUGGGAGUUGUAAUACAUGCACAUCAGACAGGCAUGGGAAUCCCAUGUGUUAAAGGAUGAUGGGAGUUGUAGUCCACACGCAUCUGGGCGGCCAUGGGAAUCGCAUGAACAAUGGCAUAUAUACCCAUCAUGGCCUGCCGUAAAAUGCCAAUGGGCUUAGGGGUUGUGUUAAAGGAUGAUGGGAGUUGUAGUCCAUACGCAUCUGGGUGACUUAGGGGUUGUGUUAAAGGAUGAUGGGAGUUGUAGUCCAUACGCAUCUGGGUGACUUAGGGGUUGUGUUAAAGGAUGAUGGGAGUUGUAGUCCAUACGCAUCUGGGUGACUUAGGGGUUGUGUUAAAGGAUGAUGGGAGUUGUAGUCCAUACUCAUCUGGGUGACUUAGGGGUUGUGUUAAAGGAUGAUGGGAGUUGUAGUCCAUACUCAUCUGGGUGACUUAGGGGUUGUGUUAAAGGAUGAUGGGAGUUGUAGUCCAUACUCAUCUGGGUGACUUAGGGGUUGUGUUAAAGGAUGAUGGGAGUUGUAGUCCAUACGCAUCUGGGUGACUUAGGGGUUGUGUUAAAGGAUGAUGGGAGUUGUAGUCCACACGCAUCUGGGCAGCUUAUGAUGGGAGUUGUAGUCCACAUGCAUCUGGGCAGCUUAGGGAUUGUGUUAAAGGAUGAUGGGAGUUGUAAUCCACACGCAUCUUGGUGGCUUAGGGGCUGUGUUAAAGGAUGAUGGGAGUUGUAGUCCGGGGUUGUGUUAAAAGAUGAUGGGAGUUGUAGUCCACACGCAUCUGGGUGGCUAAGGGGUUGUGUUAAAGGAUGAUGGGAGUUGUAGUCCACACGCAUCUGGGCGGCUUAGGGGUUGUGUUAAAGGAUGAUGGGAGUUGUAGUCCACACGCAUCUGGGCGGCUUAGGGGUUGUGUUAAAGGAUGAUGGGAGUUGUAGUCCAUACGCAUUUGGGUGGCUUAGGGGUUGUGUUAAAGGAUGAUGGGAGUUGUAGUCCACACGCAUCUGGGCAGCCAUGGGAAUCACACUGAAGAUGGCCCACCACAGAACACCAGUGGUCUUAGAGAUCAUAUUAGGAUGAUGGGAGUUGUAGUCCACACGCAUCUGGGCGGCUUAGGGGUUGUGUUAAAGGAUGAUGGGAGUUGUAGUCCACACGCAUCUGGGUGGCUUAGGGGUUGUGUUAAAGUAUGAUGAGAGUUGUAGUCCACACGCAUCUGGGCGGCUUAGGGGUUGUGUUAAAGGAUGAUGGGAGUUGUAGUCCACACGCAUCUGGGUGGCUUAGGGGUUGUGUUAAAGGAUGAUGGGAGUUGUAGUUCGCACGCAUCUGGGCGGCUUAGGGGUUGUGUUAAAGGAUGAUGGGAGUUGUAGUCCACACGCAUCUGGGUGGCUUAGGGGUUGUGUUAAAGGAUGAUGGGCGUUGUAGUCCAUACGCAUCUGGCUGGCUUAGGGGUUGUGUUAAAGGAUGAUGGGAGUUGUAGUCCGGGGUUGUGUUAAAAGAUGAUGGGAGUUGUAGUCCACACGCAUCUGGGCGGCUUAGGGGUUGUGUUAAAGGAUGAUGGGAGUUGUAGUCCGGGGUUGUGUUAAAAGAUGAUGAGAGUUGUAGUCCACACGCAUCUGGGCGGCUUAGGGGUUGUGUUAAAGGAUGAUGGGAGUUGUAGUCCACACACAUCUGGGUGGCUUAGGGGUUGUGUUAAAGGAUGAUGGGAGUUGUAGUCCAGCCAUAUCCAAAGCUCCAUAUGAUUCUCUGAGACCAUGGCUCAGAAUGCAUUGGGUUGGGGAUGAUGGGAGUUGCAUCCAAGGGUUGCCAUGGAGACCUGUAUCAACCUUGUGAUUGACAGCUGAGGGCUGGGGGGUGAAAAGGUCCAGGUGUGGCCCCUGAGCGGUUGCCAUGGAGACCACAAUCACCGGCCAGGUGUGAUGGACAGGAAGCCCUGCUUUGGACUUCAGUUUGGUGAAGGAAACCAAAGGCCAAGCCUUGUGUUUGGCAUCGAAAGCCAUUGCAAAAUGUGGAAGGAAAGAAGGAGGAAAAAGGAAGGAAGGAAGGAAAGGAGAAGGAAAGAAAGAGGAGAAAGAGAAAGCCAAGGAGGGAAAUGGAGCAAGACAAGCAUUGGGAGGUGACAACGAGAUUGUGAAUAACAUGUACGAAACUGAGGUGGACCUCCUAGCCGGCGAGAGCGCAGAAGAGGAGACCGAGGACAGCAUCAUGUCCCCCAUCCCCGUCGGUCCGCCCUCGCCGUUCCCCACGGGCGAGGACUUCGACCCCAAGGAAGGCUCGCCCUACGAAGCCCCCGUCUACAUCCCCGACGACAUUCCGAUCCCAACAGACUUUGAACUGAGGGAGUCCUCCAUUCCAGGGGCCGGGCUGGGCAUUUGGACCAAAAAGAAGAUCGACGCCGGGGAGAGACUGGGGCCUUGCGUGGCUUUCCCUGGAACGACGCUGAAGGACACCAACUUCGGGUGGGAGCAAAUGCUGACGGAUCCCGAGAGCAGUUUGCAAGAUGGCUGCAUCAAAAAGGCCAGCGAUGACCUGGACAGCGAGAAAUUCUGCAUCGAGGCCAACCAGUCCGGAAAUGGGAACUGGUUGAAGUACAUCCGGAUGGCCUGCUCCAGCGAGGAUCAAAACGUGGCCAUCUGCCCCACAAACGACCAGAUGUAUUAUAAAGUUAUUAGAGAAAUAGAACCUGGAGAAGAGCUGCUGAUGUACACAAAAGAAGGCACUUACUCUGCUGGGAACAUGGCGCCCAGUUUGGAAGAAUUGCACACUUUCCGCUGUGAAGACUGCGACGAACUCUUCCAGUCCAAGAUGGACCUGCGGCGGCACAAGAAGUAUUCCUGCAACCCGGUCGGCUCCCUCUACGAGUCCCUGAGCGAGGAGAUCAAGCAGGAGAGCGGUGCGGACGGGCAGAUCCACGAGUGCAAAGACUGCGAGAGGAUGUUCCCGAACAAAUACAGCUUGGAGCAGCACAUGAUCAUCCACACGGAGGAAAGGGAAUACAAGUGCGACCAGUGCCCCAAAGCCUUCAACUGGAAAUCCAACCUGAUCCGUCACCAGAUGUCCCACGACAGUGGCAAGCGAUUUGAAUGUGAAAAUUGUGUCAAGGUGUUUACUGACCCCAGCAACCUCCAGCGGCACAUCCGUUCCCAGCACGUGGGCGCCCGGGCGCACGCCUGCCCGGACUGUGGGAAAACCUUCGCCACGUCGUCGGGCCUCAAGCAGCACAAGCACAUCCACAGCACUGUCAAACCUUUCAUAUGUGAGGUCUGCCACAAGUCCUACACACAGUUCUCCAACCUCUGCCGCCACAAGCGCAUGCACGCCGACUGCCGGACCCAGAUCAAGUGCAAGGACUGCGGGCAGAUGUUCAGCACCACCUCCUCGCUCAACAAGCACCGGCGCUUCUGCGAGGGCAAGAACCAUUACAACCCCGGGGGCCUUUUUGGCCCAGGUUUGCCCUUGACCCCGACCUCCAUGAUGAACAAGUCCAAGCCGCCUCCCGCCCUCAACCACACCAACCUCGGCUUCAGCGACUACUUCCCGUCCCGGCCGCUCCCGUUCUCUCAUGCGCCCCCCGCUUUUUCAGCCCUGGCUCCCGGCUUCCCGGGGAUUUUCCCCCCCUCGCUGUACCCCAGACCCCCUUUAUUGCCCCCGACGCCGCUGCUCAAGAGUCCCGUCAAUCAUACCCAAGAGGCCAAGCUUCCGAGCCCGCUCAACAACCCGGCGCUCCCGCUACUCUCAUCGGUGAGCAACAGCGCUCACCUGGCCUCCGCUGAGGAGAAGUUCAACAGCGGGAACUCCUAUCUGGAGAAGCUCAAAGCCAGGACUAGUGACCUUUCCGACGCGAGUGACUUUGAGGACGUCAACACCACCACGGGCACCGAUUUAGACACCACCACCGGGACGGGCUCCGACCUGGACAGCGACGCCGAGAGCGACCGGGACAAAACGAAAGACAAGAACAAGCCGGCGGAGAACAAGCUGGACUUCGGCAACAGCUCGGUGUCCACCAGUUCCGUCAACAACGUCGGCGACUUGCCUCUUUUCUACUCCCAACAUUCCUUCUUCCCUCCUCCGGAGGAGCAGUUGCUUCCCAUGGCGGGAGCUGCCAACGACUCGAUCAAGGCCAUCGCCUCCAUCGCGGAGAAGUACUUUGGGCCCGGCUUCAUGGGCAUGCAGGAGAAGAAGAUGGGCUCCCUCCCGUAUCAUUCCAUGUUCCCGUUCCAGUUCCUCCCCAACUUCCCGCAUUCGCUGUAUCCGUUCACGGACCGGACUCUCAACCACAGCUUGCUGGUCAAGGCGGAACCAAAGUCGCCCCGGGACCUUCAGAAAAUGGGCAGCACCAGCGCCGAGUCGCCGUUCGACCUCACCACGAAGCCAAAAGAGAUCAAGCCGGCGUUGCUGCCUCCCAAAGCCCUGCCUGCGCAUCUCUCCGGGGAGGAGCAGCCGCUCGACCUGAGCAUCGGCAACCGCAUCCGGGCCAGCCAGAACGGGAGCCGGGACUCCCGGAAGAACCACGUCUACGGAGACCGGAAACUCAUGGCCGGCGACAUGUUGCCCAAGAUUUCCCAGGCGCAGAUGCCGGCACAGCCGUCGUUGCAUUACGCUAAGCCAUCUCCCUUUUUCAUGGACCCCAUAUACAGCAGGGUGGAAAAACGGAAGGUGGCCGACUCAGUGGGAGCGCUCAAGGAGAAGUACCUGAGACCGUCACCGCUGCUCUUCCAUCCCCAGAUGUCGGCGAUAGAAACCAUGACGGAGAAACUGGAGAGCUUUGCAGCCAUGAAGGCCGACCCCAGCGCCUCCUUGCAACCCCUCCCGCAUCACCCCUUCAAUUUCCGCUCGCCGCCCCCAACGCUGUCUGACCCCAUUUUGCGCAAAGGAAAAGAACGCUAUACCUGCAGGUACUGCGGUAAGAUCUUCCCGCGUUCGGCAAACCUGACCCGACAUCUCCGAACUCACACAGGAGAACAACCGUACAGGUGUAAAUAUUGUGACAGGUCCUUCAGCAUUUCCUCCAACCUCCAGCGCCACGUUCGAAACAUUCACAACAAGGAGAAGCCAUUCAAAUGCCACCUGUGCAACCGGUGCUUCGGCCAGCAGACCAAUCUCGACCGACAUUUGAAGAAACACGAACACGAGAGUGUCCCAGUGAGCCAGCACGCCGGAGUCAUCACGAACCACUUGGGGAACAACGCCUCCUCUCCGACCUCAGAAUCGGACAACCAUGCACUUUUAGACGAGAAAGAAGACGCGUAUUUCUCCGAAAUCAGAAACUUUAUUGCAAAUAGCGAGAUGAACCAAUCGUCGGCUUUAGGGGAGAAAAGGCCUGAAAUCCAGAACGCUGACGGCAGCUCCCAAUGCCACGGCCUGGCCAAUGACAAAGCGGAAGAAGGGGACGAGGAAGAGGAAGAGCUGGAAGAGGAAGACGACGACAGCCUGACUGGGAAGUCGCAGGACGAGACGGGGUCGCCGACGACCGAGCCGCAAGGAGGGUAUGAGGAUGAGGAAGACGAGGAGGCCACAUCUCUUACCAUGAGUUUUGACCGCACCCGAAGGUGUGUUGAGGAGGACGAAGCCGGCCUGUUAGAUUUGGAGCAGAUGCCGCAUUUUGGGAAGGGGCUGGACCUCCGCAAGGCCUCCGAGGAAGCUUUUGAAGUUAAAGAGGUGUAUAAUGCUACCUUAGACUCUGAGGCAAUAAAACAGACCCUAUACAGGCAGGCUAAAAACCAGGCUUAUGCAAUGAUGUUGUCCCUUUCCGAGAACACGCCACUCCAUCCCUCUUCCCAGAAUUCUCUGGAUGCUUGGUUGAGCAUGGCGGGGGCGGCUUCGGAGCCGGGAGGGUUCGGCUCCGUCGGCCAUCUCUGAGGGGUCCGAGGGGGGCACCUGGCCGGAAACGUUUCCGGGUGCCACGCGGGGCCCUCUCUGAAAUCCCGGCCAAAGGAAGACUGAUCGGGGAGGAGAAACCCGCCACCGACGACAACCCAUCUCCUGUUGGGUCCAACGGGGCACCACCACCACCCCCAGCAGCCUCACGAUCCCGCCAUCUCCGACGAUGCAUAGCACAUACUGGGAGUCCUGCGGGGAAAACAUUUGGGACCCGCAAAUGUCCCCCAGUCCCGUUUGCUGAGCCAGCAAGAACAGACUUGUAAACUUACGAAACCGUGAAGUCCUUGGAUCCUCAUGAUCACAGACGUUCUCGGCCAGGUCUCAUCCUCAUCAAGUCACUGGAGCUCCACUGAGAUUUCAAACACUGUUUGACUUUCUUCUACUGAUUCCUUUCCCCUCCUUUUUGAAACAAGUGUCAAAUUCAAGUCCGUGGGUGAUUAUGGUGUGGACCCGUCUCCGAAAGUAUUGACCCAAGGAGGUGACCAUCUCUGAUCGUAUGGACCUAAGUAGGAUACAAUCUCCAAACGUAUUGACCCAAGUAGGUGACCAUCUCCGAACUUAUUGACCCAAGGAGGUGACCAUCUCUGAUCGUAUGGACCCAAGUAGGAAACCAUCUCCGAACGUAUUGACCCAAGUAGGCAACCAUCUCCAAAUGUAUUGACCCAAGUAGGAGACCAUCUCCGAACGUACUGACCCAAGUAGGAGACCACCUCCGAACAUAUUGACCCAAGUAGGAGACCAUCUCCAAACGUACUGACCCAAGUAGGCGACCAUCUCCAAAUGUAUUGACCCAAGUAGGCGAACAUCUCUGAACGCAUUGACCCAAGUAGGCAACCAUCUCCAAAUGUAUUGACCUAAGUAGGAGACCAUCUCCGAACGUAUUGACCCAAGUAGGCAACCAUCUCCGAAUUUAUUGACCCAAGUAGGUGACCAUUUCCAAACGUAUUGAUCCAAGUAGGAGACCAUCUCUGAAUGUAUUGACCCAAGUAGGUGACCAUUUCCGAACUUAUUGACCCAAGUAGGCAACCAUCUCUGAACUUAUUGACCCAAGUAGGCAACCAUCUCCGAAUUUAUUGACCCAAGUAGGUGACCAUUUCCAAACGUAUUGAUCCAAGUAGGCAACCAUCUCCAAAUGUACUAACCCAAGUAGGAGGCCAUCUCCAAACGUAUUGACCCAAGUAGGUGACCAUUUCUGAACGUAUUGACCCAAGUAGGUGACCAUCUCCGAACAUAAAUCACUCCAAUCCGAUGUUCUUUCUCCCUUGUGGUCUCCUGUCCCCAGCUGAUGGAAAAUGAUGUAUAUUUUUGACGCUGAACACAAUCCAUGGGAUUUCCCAGUCCUGCCUUGAUCGGAGAACGGUUGCCCGCAAGGAUUGUCACCAUUGUCACGUCCACAAAGAGAGAGGAGCAAACCUGUUCCUUCUGACUGACAGGCGCCAGUUACGAAUGUACAGACCCAACCCAGAAAGCAUCGCAAGUCUUAUUUUCACAUAUCCGUAUUGCUUUUCUCCAAUGUUUUGGCUGAAAAGGACCUUGAGAAGGAGGAAUCCUUUGUCAGCAAAACUUCGGGAGAGAAUGUUUCUGGAACAUGGCCAUACAGUCCAGAAAACUCAGAGCAACCCAGGAAAAGGUUUUCAUAUUGCCACCUAGUGGCUAUUUAAGGCAUUACAUGGUUUCGUUUAUACACUGUGUUUAUGACAGCAGAUGCUUUAGCUGUACUCCAUAUAAAGGAAAAGAGCCUGUUUAGGAAGCCUUUGCAGAUGCCGAUUUGUUACCAGUCAAUGUUGGAUGUUGGUCCCUAUUUUGUAUCACUAUAUACCCGCAAUCGCGUCAAACUUCCUCGGGUGGAAAGGGGUCACGAGUGGGAACGUUUAAGAAGCCCUGGUAUAGACGAUAAGUCACAUAAUAAUUUCAUCUUAGUCCACCUAGCCCUGAAGGAACACACAACGAAAGCUAUCCAAGUUUGCAGAUGUCGAAAGAGAACAAUUCAUAGAAUAUUAGAGUUUGAAGAGACCUCGUGGGCCACACUCCAGGGCAGAGAGUUCCACUGCUGAACAACUCUCGCAGUGAGGAAGUUCUUCCUCAUGUUCAGGUGGAAUCUCCUUUCCUGUAUCCUUCAUUCCAUUCUGUUACAAAACUGUUCUUUUCCAAAAUAUAUUUCAUUUUUCAGGGUUCGGUUCCAGGACCAUACUUCCUGGACGUAAAAAUCAGUCCAUGUUAUUUGGCAACAAGAAAAGGUUUUCUGAUUGCCACCUAGUGGCUGUUUUAGGCAUGACAGGAGUCCGUUUGUACAGUGUUUACAACGGAGUCCACAAAAACGGGACCCCUAAUAUAGAACAUUUCCAAGCAGUGGUUGGUUAAAUCCAUACACACACACACACACACACACACACACUUACAUACAUACACACACACAUGUAUGUAUGUAUGGGUCUGUGUGAUAUGUGGAUGAUAGCGAUCUGGAUCCAUUGGUUUUCAUUUCUGGAGAAGCAGAAAGCAAAAUGAGUCCAUCUUCUGCCCAUUGGAGCUUUAUGUUUCAUGUCAUGCGCAUAAGCGCAUAUGAUGGUGGUUAAGUUAUGUAUGGGUGUGUGUGUUAUGUGGAUGAUAGGAAUUUGGUUCCAUUGGUUCUCGUUUCUGGAGCACCAGAAAACAAAAUGAGUCCAUCUUCUGCCCGUUGGAGCUUUAUGUUUCAUGUCAUGCGCAUAAGCGCAUAUGAUGGUGGUUAUGUAUGGGUGUGUGUGUUAUGUGGAUGAUAGCAAUUGGGAUCCAUUGGUUCUCGUUUCUGGAGCACCAGAAAGCAAGAUGAGUCUGUCUUCUGCCCGUUGGAGCUUUAUGUUUCAUGUCAUGCGCAUAAGCGCAUAUGAUGGUGGUUAUAUAUGGGUGGGUGUGAUAUGUGGAUGAUAGCUAUUUGGAUCCAUUGGUUUUCAUUUCUGGAGAAGCAGAAAGCAAGAUGAGUCCAUCUUCUGCCUGUUGGAGCUUUAUGUUUCAUGUCAUGUGCAUAAGUGCAUAUGAUGGUUAUGUAUGGGUGUGUUAUGUGGAUGAUAACAAUCUGGAUCUAUUGGUUUUCAUUUCUGGAGCACCAGAAAGCAAGAUGAGUCUUCUGCCCGUUGGAGCUUUAUGUAUCAUGUCAUGCGCAUAAGCGCAUAUGAUGAUGGUUAUGUAUGGGUGUGUUUGUUAUGUGGAUGAUAGCUAUCUGGAUCCAUUGGUUUUCAUUUCUGGAGAAGCAGAAAGCAAGAUGAGUCUGUCUUCUGCCCGUUGGAGCUUUAUGUUUCAUGUCAUGCGCAUAAGCGCAUAUGAUGGUGGUUAUGUAUGGGUGUGUGUGUUAGGUGGAUGAUAGCAAUUGGGAUCCAUUGGUUUUCAUUUCUGGAGAAGCAGAAAGCAUGAGUCUGUCUACUGCCUGUUGGAGCUUUAUGUUUCAUGUCAUGCGCAUAAGCGCAUAUGGUGGUUAUUUAUGGGUGUGUAUUAUGUGGAUGAUAGCAAUUGGGAUCCAUUGGUUCUCGUUUCUGGAGCACCAGAAAGCAAGAUGAGUCUGUCUUCUGCCCGUUGGGGCUUUAUGUUUCAUGUCAUGCGCAUAAGCGCAUAUGAUGGUGGUUAUGUAUGGGUGUGUUUGUUAUGUGGAUGAUAGCUAUCUGGAUCCAUUGGUUUUCAUUUCUGAAGAAGCAGAAAGCAAGAUGAGUCUGUCUUCUGCCCAUUGGAGCUUUAUAUUUCAUGUCAUGCGCAUAAGCGCAUAUGAUGGUGGUUAUGUAUGGGUGUGUGUGUUAGGUGGAUGAUAGCAAUUGGGAUCCAUUGGUUUUCAUUUCUGGAGAAGCAGAAAGCAAGAUGAGUCCAUCUUCUGCCUGUUGAAGCAUAUUUCAUGACAUUCUGCGCAUAAGCGCAUAUGAUGGCGGUUAUGUUGGAUCUCCCUUUCUCUUUGAAUUUUGGGACAUUACAUGAAAGCACUUGUUCGAUGAUGAUGAUGGGGUUCCUGGGCCACAAACGGGAGGAAAGUCAAUGCAGAGGGACAAAGGAGACCUAGGUCUGGCCGAUUGUACCAAAUGUGAGCUGCAAAUACGAAGCACUGGAACGCAUUUCUCUCCAAAUGUACUGCAAGCUACUGACUUAACCUUCAUUGUUUUAAUAUGCUGUAAUUUUUUUUUUGUCGUGGGAGGGCGGGGGGCUGUAUCCUGAUGUAGAAACUGAUCCGAAAUAAUGAAGGAACGGUGCUCAACGGAUGGGCACCUCGGCGGGCGGGCGGACACCUUCUGUAACGCUCCCCCGUGACAUCCGCAAAGCCAUGGGACUCUUUCCUUUAUAUUUAACAGAAACUGUGAUUAAAAGGUUUUGUUUCUCCUCGAAAUCCAAGUCUUUUCUUUCCGCCUCUUCCCGGUUCCUCCGAGAAGAACUAACAACCAAUCUUGAAGCAGCGGCGUCCAACCUUUGGUCUUCCAGGUCUUCGGGACUUCAGCUCCCAGAAUCCCAGCUGGCAAGGACUUCUCGGAGUUGGAGUCCCAAACUUAGAGGACCAAAAGUUAAAGAGAGCAUCCCUCCGGAGAUCAGGAGGAAACGUUGUGUGGAAUUGCCCCACUCAACAUACUUACAUCUGGUUUCAUUGAUCCACGUCCAACACUCUAUGUCCUCAGUCUCUAGAUGUUCUCCAGGUCCUCCAAGAUGAGUCUUUCAUCUCAAUAGGGUUCGCUAUUGUCCACAGUGUUGUAUUUCCAUGAUAAGUACACGAAAGGAUACACUGCUAUCCUUCAUGUUCAGGAGCUACGGGCACGUCUACACUGACCACUUCAUGCGGGAUGGAAGCGGCAGAGGAGGAGACCGUCCCAACAAUGGAGCUGAUCUCAAGCUCAGGUACCAGGUUGCAGUUGAGACGGUGCUUAGACGCAGUUCUGAGAUCUGCAGUAUCCAUGGCUUUGGCAUUUUUUGGAUCACCAUGGAUGGCCCUCUGCCAGGGGUGCUUGGAUUGUGUUUUCCUGCGCGGUAGGGGGUUGGACUGGAUGGUCCUUGGAGUCCCUUCCAACUUUAGGAUUCUGUCUGUCUAUCCAUCCAUCUUAGAGGGUUGGGCUGGAUGGCCCUUGAAGUGUCUUCCAACUCUAUAUUUCUAACUAUCUUUUAUGGUUGGACUGGAUGGCCCUUGGGGUCCCUUCCAUCCCUAGGAUUCUGUCCAUCCAUCCAUCCAUCUUAGAGGGUUGGGCUGGAUGGUCCUUGGAGUGUCUUCCGGCUCUAAGAGUCAACCUAUAUUUCUAAUUAUCUCUUAUGUUUGGACUGGAUUGUCACUGGGAUUCUUCCGACUCUAGGAUUCUGUCUAUCCAUCCACCCAUCUUAGAAGGUUGGGCUGGAUGGCCCUUGGGUGUCUUCAAGCUCUAAGAGUCCUAUCCAUCUAUCUAUCUAUCUAUCUUUCUUUCUUUCUUUCUUUCUUUCUUUCUUUCUUUCUUUCUUUCUAUCAAACUAUCUAUCUAUCUAUCUAUCCAUCUCUUAUGGUUGGGCUGGAUGGCCCUUGGGUGUCUUCAAACUCUUAAGAGUCCUAUCUAUCUAUCUAUCUAUCUAUCUAUCUAUCUAUCUAUCUUUUUAUCCAUCUCUUACGGUUGGGAUGGAUGGCCCUUGGUGUCUUCAAGGUCUGAGAUCUAUCUAUCUAUCUAUCUAUCUAUCUAUCUAUCUAUCUAUCUAUCUAUCUAUCUAAAUUUCUUUCUCUCUCUCUAUCCAUCUCUUAUCCAUCUCCUAUCCAUCUAUCUAUCUAUCUAUCUAUCUAUCUAUCUAUCUUUCUUUCUUUCUUUCUUUCUUUCUUUCUAUCGAACUAUCUAUCUAUCUAUCUAUCUAUCCAUCUCUUAUGGUUGGGCUGGAUGGCCCUUGGGUGUCUUCAAGCUCUAAGAGUCUGAUCUAUCUAUCUAUCUAUCUAUCUAUCUAUCUAUCUAUCUAUCUAUCUAUAUUUCUAUCCAUCUCUUACAGUUGGGAUGGAUGGCCGUUGGGCGUCUUCAAGCUCUAAGAGAUCUAUCUAUCUAUCUAUCUAUCUAUCUAUCUAUCUAUCUAUCUAAUAUCUAUCUAUCUAUCUUUCUAUCCAUCUCUUAUGGUUGGGCUGGAUGGCCCUUGGGUGUCUUCAAACUCUUAAGAGUCCUAUCUAUCUAUCUAUCUAUCUAUCUAUCUAUCUAUCUAUCUUUUUAUCCAUCUCUUACGGUUGGGAUGGAUGGCCCUUGGUGUCUUCAAGGUCUGAGAUCUAUCUAUCUAUCUAUCUAUCUAUCUAUCUAUCUAUCUAUCUAUCUAAAUUUCUUUCUCUCUCUCUAUCCAUCUCUUAUCCAUCUCCUAUCCAUCUAUCUAUCUAUCUAUCUAUCUAUCUAUCUAUCUUUCUUUCUUUCUUUCUUUCUUUCUUUCUAUCGAACUAUCUAUCUAUCUAUCUAUCUAUCUAUCUAUCCAUCUCUUAUGGUUGGGCUGGAUGGCCCUUGGGUGUCUUCAAGCUCUAAGAGUCUGAUCUAUCUAUCUAUCUAUCUAUCUAUCUAUCUAUCUAUCUAUCUAUAUUUCUAUCCAUCUCUUACAGUUGGGAUGGAUGGCCGUUGGGCGUCUUCAAGCUCUAAGAGAUCUAUCUAUCUAUCUAUCUAUCUAUCUAUCUAAUAUCUAUCUAUCUAUCUUUCUAUCCAUCUCUUAUGGUUGGGCUGGAUGGCCGUUGGGUGUCUUCAAGCUCUAUGAGAUCUAUCUAUCUAUCUAUCUAUCUAUCUAUCUAUCUAUCUAUCCAUCUCUUAUGGUUGGGCUGGAUGGCCCUUGGGUGUCUUCAAGCUCUAUGAGAUCUAUCUAUCUAUCUAUCUAUCUAUCAUCUAUCUUUCUAUCCAUCUUUUAUGGUUGGGCGGGAUGGCCCUUUGGUGUCUUUAAGCUCUAAGAGUCCGAUCUAUCCAUCUAUCUAUCUUUCUAUCCAUCUCUUACGGUUGGGUUGGAUGGACCUUGGGUGUCUUCAAGAUCUCAGAGUUCUAUCUAUCUAUCUAUCCAUCCAUCUCUUACGGUUGGGCUAGAUGGCCCUUGGGUGUCUUCAAGCUCUAAGAGUCUUAUCUAUCUAUCUAUCUUUCUCUCCAUCUCUAAUGGAUAUCUCUUGGGAUGUCUUCCUGCUCUAGGAAUCUAUCUAUCCAUCCACCUAUCUGGUUGGACUGGAUGGACCUUGGGCUCUCUUCCAUCCCACACACAUCAUUUCGAGGCCCUUCAAUCCAUGUGGAGUGGUCAGUGGCAGAUGUGCCCAGAGUGUUGUUUGGUAGGACCUUACAGAGAGUUUCCUCAGCGAACCGAAUGCAAUUUGACUCUGGAUUGAAUACUUAACAUGGAGAUUUCUUGCAGAGGUGAUCCUUCCGUUUAUGGUCAGCUGGGUCCUGGAGACCCAUCUUUCAGUCUAGUCUUAUCAAUGCCACUUAGGAAAAUCCAGAGGUGCAUCUACACUGUUGUAUUAACACAGUUCGGCAUCACUUUAGCUUUAGAAGCAACUUGAGAUCAUACUUCAAGUGGUUUCUGGUGUGGGAGAAUUGGCUGUCUACAGAGACGUUGCCCAGGGGAAAAGCUAGAGCUAACAGGCGAGCUUAGCCCGUCUCGCGGAUUCGAACCACCAACCUUCAGGUCCGCAAGACAACCUUCAGAUCAGCAGGGGUUUAAUCCAUUGCACUCUCAAUUCACGUGGUAUCAAACAGGAUUAAUUCGAUAGUGUAGACGCAACCCAUUACAACAUUCGACUGCAUCUAAAACCAAUAGUGUCGGGAUGCCUCUUUGAAAACGCCUGCUCGUAAGAAAAAAAUAAAAGAUGUAAUUUUCAUGUUGCUUUUUUUAAAAAGAAACAACAAAUGUAUAUAAUAUGAUAUAAAUAGAUAUAAAUAUAUAAAUAUAUAUAUAUAAAUGGUGGCAAGGGUUAUGAUUUGUGUACUUCCUUCCUUCCCGGUUCCUUUGCUGUUGUUAAACCCAUCUGAAUUAGGAGAUUUUUUUUUUUUUUUAGAACUUGUAAAGUCUUGUUUUCAAUCGGAUUGUAAAUGUCUGGAUUUUCCAAAAAAAAAUAAUGUUUUUAAAACAUUGUGAAAGAAUGUUUUUUUAAAAAAGAAAAAAAGGUGCUAGUCCUUAAGCAUCUUGGAAGUAUUCUGUUUAUAAGGAAAUGCAUGACUUGUCGUAGAUGCACUUAUUCUGUAUAUGUGAUUAUUUUUUCGUUGUCGUUGUCGUUUCGUUUCCCGAUUCAAUUCCUAUUUUUAUUUUUAUUUUUUUCUUCCCGCGUUCCGGGGCUAGAAGCCUCCCAACUGCCAAGGAAAAUUUUAAAUAAGUGGCAGUUAUUAAUUAAUAUUGCAUUUGUACGUAGAAUAUAAUGAGCGACACAAGGCUCGGGAUGUAACGGGACGAAAGCAACCAAUGUGACGUGUAGAGAAAUCCCUUUGCAAUGAGAAAAUGACUAGGAAAAAAGUGCUGAUUUCGGGGGGGUCGAUGCUGUAGAAUAGGAAAUGUAAUACCAAAAUGUAAUCUUUCCAAUGCGACGACGGAUUUAUACAUGAGAUUGAUAUGCAAUAAACCUGUGUGUUUUUUAAAAAAACUCGA